AUGGCGACCGCCAGGUGCUCACGACAUGUUCUCCGUUCUCCUGGGCUUUCCUUACACACCGCGGCUGAGGCCGCAGCCACGGUUCCAGAAACGACCGGCCUAGAUGUCGCCGCCACCCCAGUCGCGCAGUACCCUCCUAUUGUGGCCUCCCUGAGAGCCGACAGCAAGGCUGCACGGCUACAGCGGAUACGGCGCUGGCAGGCGGUUGUGCACGCGGCAGAGUCGGCGGACGAGAAGAUGCGAAUCCUCACCAAGAAGCAGUUCAUAAAGUACGUGGUUCACCCGCAGACCUUCUCCCUGAACGCCGACCGCUGGUACCAGGGCUUCACCAAGACCGUGUUCGUGUCGGGUCUGCCGCCGCCGCCCGCGGAGCCCGAGCCGGUGCCGGAGCUGGACCUUCCGGCGCUGCGUGCGGCCGCCUGUGAUUGUCUUCUGCAGGAGCACUUCUAUCUGCGGCGCAAGCAGCGCGUGUUCCGCCACCAGAAGCAUGACACUAUCCUUUCGCCCUUUCUAGACCAGCUGGUGGCAACCCUCCGGGAUUUGCUCAGCCCGCACAAUCCGGCCCUAGCCACCGCCGCCCUUGAUUAUAAACGCCCAGUUAACUUCUACUGGUUGCGUGGUGAAGAAAUUAUUCCUCGUGGUCACAGAAAAGGUCGAGUGGAUGCUUUGCGAUACCAGAUAAAUGAUAAACCACACAACCAGAUUCGCAUAUCCAAGCAACUGCCAGAGUUUGUGCCAUUGGAUUAUUCUAUUCCUAUAGAAAUCCCUGUUAUGAAAUGUAAACCAGACACACUUCCGUUAUUCAGACGGCAAUAUGAAAACAGCAUAUUUAUUGGCUCCAAAACUGCAGAUCCAUGCUGUUAUGGUCACACCCAGUUUCAUCUGUUACCUGACUUUUUAAAAAGGGAAAGGUUUUUGAAAGGAAACCGUGCUGAUCAGGUAGAAGUUGUUUAUAGAGCUAAUGCUAUUGCAAGCCUUUUUGCUUGGACGGGAGCACAGGCUAUGUAUCAAG